AUAAAAUUAGGAAGACUUGAUAUGAUACUUUGGACUUCCAUUGUCGUACGAAUUUUCCUUUUACCUUCUUUGCUCCGACCAUCAACCCAUUAAAGGUUAGAUUCUUUCUAUUCAUGAAUCUUCUUGAAUGAGAGCCAAGCCAAGGUUUUAUGGAUUAUAAUUCUCCUAUUCACUUUUUCUAUCAUCCAAUAAACAAAGCUUAGCUACAUUCAUAACUUUUCUCAAUCAUGGCAUCUUCUUCUUUUUUGUUCAUCAUUUUUUUCUUGUCUCUAAUUUUUCUCUCCACACAUACCUUAUCUUCUCACUACACCCAACUCUUCUACCCUGGUUUCUAUGGAUCCAUCGACAUAACUUUGAAAGAAUCUGCAGAAAUUGAAAGCAAUGGAGUUUUGAGGCUCACCAGUCGUAAUUCCCGAAACAACAUCGGCCAGGCCUUUUACUCCUCUCCAAUCCAGUUCAAAAACUCCUCCAGCGACGGUGGCCGUGGACCCUCUUUCUCCACUUGUUUUGUCUUCUGUAUCAUCCCCGAGAACGAGGGCGGCCAUGGAUUUACUUUCGCCAUUGUCCCUUCUAAAGAUCUCAAAGGCAUUUCUCAGAGGUUUCUUGGACUCUUCAACGAAUCCAAUUUCUAUGGGAUACUUUCAAAUCAUAUCUUCGCUGUGGAAUUCGAUACAAUCUUCGAUGUUGGGAUCAAAGAUAUAGAUAACGAUCAUGUGGGGAUUGAUUUAAACAGCUUGAUUUCGAAUGCCACUGUUCACGCUGCUUAUUUUGACGAAUUGGGUAAAGUUCAUAAUCUCUCACUUCAAAGUGGGAAGCCGAUUAAAGUUUGGAUUGAUUAUGAUUCUGAUGAAAUCACUCUCAAUGUUACGAUUUCCCCUUUUAAUUCAAAACCCAGAAACCCAAUUCUGUCUUACAGAGUGGAUCUUUCAUCGAUUUUUUAUGAAGAAAUGUACAUUGGAUUUACUGCAUCAACAGGCUUACUUUCUAGAAGCUCACAGUUCAUUUUAGGUUGGAGUUUCGCCAUUAAUGGCCAAGCUCGAGAUCUUGAUAUCUCUUCACUUCCUUUACCCAAAAAGAAGAAAACAAGGGAGAAAAUCAGUCUCCCUGUUUAUGUAUCUAUAACAACUGCCAGUGUUUUUGUGAUCUCUGUUUUCGUUUUGGGUUUUUAUCUCUUACGAAAGUGCAAAAAAUCCGAAGAAAUCGAACCGUGGGAGCUUCAAUUAGGACCUCAUCGAUAUUCCUACAGAGAAUUAAAAAAAGCUACAAGAAAUUUCAGCGAGAAGGAGCUUCUGGGGUAUGGCGGAUCUGGGAAAGUAUACAGAGCAAUCCUUCCAAUUUCGAAAACCCAAAUCGCCGUUAAGCGAAUAUGUCACGAUUCAAAACAGGGUCUCCGGGAAUUCAUGACGGAGAUCGCCACAAUUGGAAUGCUCCGUCACCGAAAUCUGGUUCAGUUGUUAGGAUGGUGUCGGCGGGAACGAGAUCUGCUUCUUGUUUACGAGUUUAUGGAGAAUGGAAGCUUAGAUAAUUACUUAUUCGACGAUCCAGUAAGGAUUUUGGAUUGGGAAGAGAGAUUCAAAGUGAUUAAGGGAGUUGCCUCUGCUCUGCUUUAUCUUCACGAGGGGUAUAAACAGGUGGUGAUUCAUAGAGACGUGAAGGCAAGCAAUGUGUUAUUAGACGGCGAAUUGAAUGGAAAAUUGGGGGAUUUCGGGCUGGCAAAGGUGUACGAACACGGAUCGGCACCGGAUACCACUCGGGUAGUCGGAACUUUGGGGUAUUUAGCACCAGAGCUGCCAAGAACAGGAAAAUCGACGACGAGCUCCGAUGUAUACGCGUUUGGGGCUUUAAUGCUGGAAGUGGCAUGUGGGCGGCGGCCAGUGGAGGUGAAGGCGUUGCCGGAGGAGAUGACGUUGGUGGAUUGGAUUUGGGAUAAAUACAGAGAAGGGCAGGUUUUGUCGGUCGUGGAUUCGAAGCUCCAGGGAGUUUACGACGAGGUAGAGCUGACGAUGGUGUUGAAAUUGGGGGUAAUGUGUUCGAAUAAUGUGCCGGAGCAAAGGCCGAGUAUGAGGCAGGUAGUGCGGUGUUUGGACGGAGAAAUUGGCGUCGUCGAUGAAUGGAAGUCGCCCGGCGGCGGAAGUAAGGGCGGUGGGGUGGGGGAUUUUCUUGGGUCAUUUACGUCCACGUCCAUCAGUGGAGAAAGCUCCGGUUAAUUAUGCUAAUUACUAAUUAGUGACGACAGAAAUAUCAUUAGCAAUUUUGGUUUUUGUUUUUUGUUUAUUCUUUUUUGGGAAUUUUUUCUUACCUUGUAAAUGACUGACACUGACUGAACUCUUAACUCAAAAAUCACAAUAAUCAAGUAAUAAGAAAAUUACAAUUUAGUUUUUUUUC